AUGGAAGGUCCCCCCUCAAGAGGGAUUAUUCUCCGGGAAAUGGGCAUAGACCCGGAAAGAACUAGUCAAGCUAAAGAAGAAAGAGAGACUGAACAACCAAGAACGGCAGGAACUACAACUUCAAUCACUGAAAGAAAAAAGAAAAAGAAUUUCGCUUACGGUAAGGAUGACUAG